CUAUUUUGUCAAUAUUGUAGGGACGGUUGUGAUGGUCUAAAAAUCCAAAAGGCUGUAGAACGCGGCAAGUUGGCAAGACCAGUGUGCGAAGACGGUGAAGUGGACGAAGAGAAGAGAACGGAACGACGAAUUGCAGAGCCCGGAAAUGGAUAAAACCGCGCCCUUCAAAAACCUUGACAGCAGAGAAUACCAAGGUCACAAGAAGAAGGUGCAUUCGGUUGCUUGGAAUUGCAGUGGCACGAAGGUUGCAUCCGGUUCUGCUGAUCAAACAGCUCGAAUUUGGCAUAUCGAGCCUCAUGGACAUGGUAAGGUUAAAGACAUUGAACUGAAGGGGCACAAUGACAGCGUGGAUCAGUUAUGCUGGGACCCGAAACAUUCUGACUUAAUAGCAACUGCAUCGGGUGACAAGACUGUUUGUCUGUGGGAUGCCCGUAGUGGAAAAUGCACACAGCAAGCUGAACUUAGUGAUGAAAACAUUAACAUCACCUACAAGCCUGACGGUACACACAUUGCUGUUGGGAACAGGGAUGAUGAACUAACAAUAUUGGACGUGCGCAAAUUUAAGGCUAUCCAUAAGCAGAAAUUCAGUUAUGAGGUAAAUGAGAUGGCAUGGAGCAUGACAGGCGAUAGGUUAUUUUUGACAACAGGGAAUGGCACUGUUGAAGUACUAGCAUAUCCAUCUCUUCAACCACUUGAUACCCUUGUGGCUCAUACAGCUAGUUGCUAUUGCAUUGCAAUUGAUCCAUUAGGAAGAUAUUUUGCUGUUGGAAGUGCUGAUUCGUUGGUCAGCCUUUGGGAUAUCUCACAGAUGCUCUGCGUACGAACAUUCACAAAACUCGAGUGGCCAGUCAGGACAGUAAGCUUCAACUACACUGGAGAAUUUAUUGCUUCUGCCAGUGAAGACUCAUUCACUGAUAUAUCCAAUGUUCAAACUGGACGAUCAGUCCACCAAAUUCCCUGCCGGGCUGCCACGAACAGUGUGGAAUGGAAUCCCAAAUACAAUCUGCUUGCAUAUGCGGGAGAUGAUAAAAACAAGUACCAGGCUGAUGAAGGUGUUUUCCGAAUAUUUGGCUUUGAGAGUGCAUAGGAUUUGACAGAAUAUACAGGAUAAGGCUGCAGCGUUAAUCGUCUGAGAGAGACAUCUUAAGUACUGUUUUUUUGCUUUUGUUGAUUUUCGCUUGGUUCUUUUUUCCCUGGCUGUUGGUGCAAGAAUUCCCGGACCAAGUUUAGCAUUUGGUAAUGCGAAAAAAAUUCAAUGUACUUAUUCGUGGUAGGGUAUGCUCCUGCGCAAAAGGGUACAUGUAUAAAAAAUACUCUUGUAUAAUCGAAAACAAUCAGAACACAAGCAGUGUUGCAUGGUGAA